UUGGGCUCAGGAAGGAUGCGGGGUGGUUCCAACUGAGAGUCUGAAUCUAGGGACCGACCAGGCUCUGGGUGAAAGCCAGAGCAAACCUGUCCUCUUGUGUGCCUCGGUCGGGACAGAGGCCCCCAGAUAGACCUGCUUCAGGGCUGGGGGUGGGGUGGCGGGUGGCGGCUACCGAUAUUCCAUAGCCGCCCACAGCCUUCCUCUCGUCCCCGAUUGCCUAAGGGGAUCCCUGUGACAGGAAGCUGUCCAGGAAGCCUCUGCCCAUUUAGAAGCGGGAGGGGAAGAGGGAGUGGGCACAAGGGAAGGACAAAAGUCUCUUUAACUGUGGAGAGGGGCAGUGGGGGUGACCCCCCUCUCCUCUCGCCUUGACAGAAAGCAUGGCACUUUGGCGGGCAUACCAGCGGGCUCUGACUGCUCACCCGUGGAAAGUACAGGUCCUGACAGCUGGGUCUCUGAUGGGCCUGGGUGAUGUUAUCUCACAGCAGCUGGUGGAGAGGCGAGGUCUGCAGGCACACAAGACUGGCCGGACCCUGACCAUGGUCUCCGUGGGCUGUGGCUUUGUGGGCCCUGUAGUAGGAGGCUGGUACAAGGUUUUGGACCGGCUCAUCCCUGGCACCACCAAGGUGGAUGCACUAAAGAAGAUGCUGUUGGAUCAGGGGGGCUUUGCCCCAUGUUUUCUGGGCUGUUUCCUCUCACUGGUAGGGACGCUCAAUGGACUGUCAGCCCAGGACAAUUGGGCCAAACUCCAGCAGGAUUAUCCUGAUGCUCUCAUCACCAACUACUAUCUCUGGCCUGCUGUGCAGUUAGCCAACUUCUACCUGGUCCCUCUUCAUUACAGGUAUGACAGAUCCCCACACCACCCUUCAAGGAAGAUGCGCAUUAUGAACGGUUGGAGACAAAGUGAUUCUCAUUUUAACCUUGAACUACCUUAGACCCCCCAGAACACUCUGCCCUGGUCAGAGCUCCUCAGACUCCUGAGCAUUUUAUUACAGAGCAUCCCAGAGUGUCUGCCCGCUGACUUCUUUCAUCUUCCUAGGGAGGAUCUUGCUCCACAGUCCUUGUCUCCAUCCCACCUGGGCUCUCUACCUUUGAUGGCAUGUCUGCAGGGGCAGGGCUACAGCCUAGGUUAGGCAGAAAGGUAGACCAAAGAGACAAGUAGGAACGUGGUCAGGUUAGUCCACUGCAAAAUAUUAUUUUAUCCUAGAUAAUAAAGGUAGUUGCUGAAAUCUCAGUAAAAAUAUAUAGUGCAACCAAGAUGAGUGGUUAAAAUUAUUGGAGGUGUGGGGGCUUUGGGAACAGGGAAAAACAUGAAACUCUUCAGAGGGGACAGGCUCAAAAUGGACAUGAGUAGCACAGCUAAAAGGAGUAUAGACUUAUGAACUAAAUGAAACUUUAGGGUCCUUGCAGUGCUCUUUGGAACUAGAGCAAGGUAUGUUUAAAAUAAAGAGAAGGAGGUGCUGCUUUAUAUGGCAGGCAGCACAUUUUUCGGAAGAUGAGAUCUCAGCUGUACAAGACGGACAGAUGUGUAUUUAGAAGGAGCCUGGACAGGAGUACGAAUAAUGGAGCCAUGCAUGGCGAGAUGGCGGCUGAGGGGGGGUUAACUUUGGAGCUUUUGUCCAGGAGACAGAGCUCUGGGCUGGCACCAGAACCCGAGCUGGUUUUCCUCUCGUCUGAGCCACACAUCCCUCCGUGGGGGCUGAAGGAAGGAGAGCUAAAUCUGGGCAUUCUUGGAAAUAAUCCCCCUUAUCCCACUGUACUUUCCCAUCUCUCCCUGCUUGCUUGUCCUUGUUCUGCUUCUUCUUCACGGUACCAUCCCUGUUCCUUAGGUUGGCUGUCGUCCAGUGUGUUGCUGUUAUCUGGAACUCCUACCUGUCCUGGAAGGCACAUCGGCUCUAAGUCUGCCUCACUCCAUCAUUUCAAGCUUGCAGUGAUGCAGCUUGACCCUGGAAGGGUCAAACCACCUCCUCAAAGUGGGCACAUUGGUUUUCACAGGGUUUGGUGGCUGGUCAGAACUUAAUGAGGUUAGCACUCUGAAGUGGCCUGUUUCACUCUAAAAUGUAACCUGACUCCUACUGAAAUCACUAAAACCUUUAUAAUGGUCUUAUACCCACCACAUAGUAGGCACUCCAUAAAUACUUGUUGAACCAUAUGAUUUUGUCACCUUCAGUUUACACUCAUAUCCCGGCAAGUACCACUCAUCCCCACUCUUCAUAGACACAUCUGGUUUUCUAACCCUUCCCAGCCCUAGUCUAGCUCCAAUUUUGGGGGAGCCCCUCAAGCUCUUUGUAUGGUGCCUCCAUAAAUAUAUUUCUAAAUAGGUAAAAUCUGGAACUUGCAGAGGCAAUGAGUAAGACCCAGCAGAAACCGACUGCGGAGUCCCGUUUUCUAGAGUUUGGAGAGAGCCUGGAGAUGACUAAGCCCAAUCUUUUACAGAUGAGGACACUGAGGUCCACAGAGGUGAGGUGCCCUGUCCACACCAUGAGUUACAGGCAGAGUAGAAACUUGAACCCACAUGCUAUAGUUUGAAUGUUUGUAUACUCCCCAAUUUAUAUGAUGAAAACCUGAUGCCCAAGGUGAUGGUAUUAGGAGGUGGGGCCUUUGGGAAGUGAUUAGGUCAUGAGGGCAGAGUGCUCAUGGGAUCAGUACACUCACAAAAGAGGCCAUGUGAUGAGACAGCAAGAGGCGCCACCUGUGAGCCAGAAAGCAGGUCCUCACCAGACACCAAACCUACUGGCACCCUGGUCUUGGACUUCCCAGCCUCCACAACUGUGAGAAAUAAAUGUCUUGUUUAUAAACCA